AAACAGUUUGAUCAAAUAUCUGUUUAGCGACACUAAGCCCAAUGCUCGCCAAAGUGUCCUUAACUGGACCGUGUCACAGGUGUGCGUGUUUCCAGGGGGCUCUUGGCUCAGCCAAUCAGAGGCGUUCACCUUAGCGCCAGGUUGCUUCUGAUUCCUGCGGCCUCUUCCUCACACACCGAGGGGACUCACACACACCGAGGGGACUCUCAUCCUGUCCCGCCGACCCCGACUCACACCAACACAACAUGGGGAAGAUGAACUUCUAUGUCCUCUGGUCCCUGCGCGACGCUCCGCGCCAGUUCAUCAGCAAAUCCAACCGCAGGUGCUUCCAGGUGCACGUCCCGCUGCCUCUGCCCAAACAGCUGGUCAUCUUCGGCCUCGGCGAGUGGAGAGGAGGCGCCUCGACCACGGUCUCCGUCGAGGUCGUGGUGAGCACCGAGGUGCGGGCCCAGAGAAUCGGGACUCUGUCAUCUCAGGCGAGGUGUCUGACCUGGGAGGGAGACUGGAGCCCGGACAUUGCCACAGUGGCAGCGGAGAGGGGCAGGAGAGGAGUUUAUGGCAAGAUUGUGCUCACACUGUGUGGAGAGUCACAGGAUCAGACGAGCGUCUUCAGCAGCACUCCCCUGGCUCAAAGGAAACGCUUGUUCCCAGAACGGCAUAAUGCAACGGAUCUCUGCAGCUCUUUGCACCAGAGCGCUGAAAAUGAAACGAUAACGCCCAACUCCUCACAGUUGGGCGACAGCGUUUGCUUUGCCGAGAUCCAAGUGAACAAAAUUGACACCAGUGCUUCCACGGUGGGGAACAAACUCACGGCCUGGCCUACGGACAAGACACCCAGGCGGACCCUUAUCAGUAAGAGAGGCCACCUGACGUGGAGCUCCGAGGACAUGGACAGUCUCACUGAGGACAUAGACCAGGCUUCAACCCCUAAGAAAAAAAGGCUGCGCAGGAUGAACAGCCAGGAAGGAAUGACGGCGCUGAUAAAGAGUGACAACAGAGAAGCCUCAGUGUGUCCAUCGACGCGCUGGAGCCACACGAUGUGUCUGAGCGACCCUGACACUGCCGUCCUCAUCGGUGGAGAGGCGGCAGAUCAAAACUACUGCAAGGAUUCCCUUUGGAAGCUUGAGUUAGACAGUGACUUCUGGUUCCCCAUGAACUCCUCUUCCUCUGGACCUGUACCACUGUGUGCCCGGGGACACACUGCGACCUACGACCCAGACUCCAAGUCAGUCUUUGUUUAUGGUGGCCUGAGGGAGGGUCAGCGCUACAGCGAGCUGUACAUCCUCAAUACUGUGACCUGGAAGUGGAAGCUUGUCACUGCAAAAGGGAACGUUCCGACGUUGGCAUAUCACUCUGCAGUGUUCUAUAAGAAAGAGCUCUUUGUGUUCGGUGGAGUCCAGCCGGGGCAUUCGUCUGGGGAUAAAUCCUGCAGCAACGCUUUGUACAUAUUCAACCCCGAGUUUGAGCUCUGGUACCAGCCCAUUGUGGAGGGGGACAGACCUCUGCCUCGGUUUGGGCACUCAGCAACACUUCUCUCACAGAGGUUGAUAAUAUUUGGUGGACGGAAGACUGCAACCUACCUCAAUGAUCUCCACAUUCUAGAUCUGGGAUUUAUGGAGUACGCAGCUGUGAAGUGCGGAAACAUGCCACCGCUGCCUCGAGGGUUUCAUGCGGCAGUCCCAGUUUCAGACAACAGGAUUUUAGUCAGCGGGGGCUGCAGUGCAAUCGGAGCCCUGCAAGACGUACAUGUCUUCAGCACUGACACCAACAUGUGGAGUUCAGUGGCGUCUCCUGUGCUUUGCUCCAAACCUCGUGCUGGACACAGCAUGAUAAGUUUGGGCUGCUCCGUCCAGAGGGACACCGAGAAGCGCGAGCAAGGUGAAAAUGUCCGCUGCACGCUGCUGGUGUUUGGUGGGUCGGACUGCUCUGGCACCUUCUACAACGAUACAGUCAAGUGCACGGUGGAGGUUCCUGGUGUAAAGUGAUGGAUUCAUCAAGAAAGAAAUGCAAGUGCGACAAUUUUUUUUUGGCUUUAAACUUAACAGGAUGAUGCUGUGAUCUAAUAUCUCCUAGUGUAUUUGUUUUUAACGGUUCUUUUUAUUCUUGGCUGUCUUUCUUUACACUUUAUGUAAUUGUCCUGAUGUAUUCAAUAAUUUUAGACUUAACUGUAGCUCCUCUUAAUUAUUUAAAAUACUAUUAUUUUAUGAGUCUCUUCAAAAUGAUUCAUACUUCCACCACACAGCCUAUCUGCUGCUAGUGGUGGUGGGCACUUUGCAUAACAAAUCUCUGAUCUGCAUGUGUAACAACUCACUUCAUGUCCUUUGACUCUUCCCCACAUAUCAGUACAUUAUCUGACAGUAAAGUGCUGGACUGGGCAAAAUAGAGAAAAUCAAAAAAUCUAUCAAAAAUGCAAAUAAAUAUUUUAACCUCAAA